AUCAGAAAGCAAUGGCGUUACAUUCAAUUGGAUUACGUAGGCAAACAAACAAAGGGCCUUUCACCUGCCCAAGACGCGAUCGGUUUUGACGACUUAUAGGGAGGGUCGUACAACGGGCGCAUUUAACGGGACUGGAGCUAUAAACAUACGGUGUACCAAACAAAAAUAGCGUUUGUUUGAAUGGAUAGGACCAAAAACACCUUCUAUCAGCAUUGUCGAACAAUGCAUAAUUCAAACACAAGGAACUGCUGUUUCCCUUGGGAGACCAGGCGUGGGAUUAGUAUUGUAGUUGUUUCAAGGAUUUCCACAGCGCCGUCAAACAAUCAGCAAGGAGUUUUGGGCACUAUUGUUUAGAAUAACCAAACAACAAAGCCGUUCUUCAUUUUCGUAUCAUAAUGAAUCCUGUGGGUUUACUCGAGCUUCAUUGCUUAUUCUAAAUCGGGUGCGAAUUCAGUCGGUGAAUAGGCCCACGGACACGUAUACCGCGCAUUAAAGCAGAGAGCCACCUGUGCCCCGCUACUCUCUUAGCUCAGCCAGGUUAUUAGCUGAGGCUCGGAGUACGCACUACCCGCUCGGCAUGAGGCAGGGCUCCGCGGAGGCCGCUCCGGAGAACAUUUUCUAUCGGAAUGUCACACCUUUUAUUAGAUUAAGAAGCAGGAGCAGCCAGUGUGCAUAUCUACGAGAAGAGGAUGUAAUUAACGGGAUAAAUAUAAAUCAUGCAUUUCAGUAAUUUAACGACCAACGGCCUUGGCUCCAAAAACUUCAGCCGUAGCCGCUCUCCGACGUCGUUUGAGGUGGAGCACGACAGGGAGCUGCUCACGCAACAUGUCAGCAAUGGGACUUUUACCAUACCGAGAGACAGACUGGAAGGAUUGUUCCGGGGGGACCAAAAGAUCCGAAAACCGACUCGAUCUGAGCACACUACGCCUGUAACAGUCGAAGCGGACACCGAGGCCGAAUACCGGAGAAGGAGUAAGUCUGUUCCCCCUGAAUUUUUGGUCACCGCCGUGGCUCUCUCAAAGGACUGCAGCGGUAGCCUGAAGCACACCCCUAGCUCCGACUUAGACGAUCACUCUAGCUUCCCCCACGACUGUCUCAUUGAAAGAUGUCAGAGGAUCACCAUCAACGUCAGUGGGCAGCGGUUCGAGACCCAAUUACGAACUUUAGAACGGUUCCCCAAUACAUUACUUGGGGACCCAAACAAACGCAGAAAGUACUGGGACCCCUUUCGACAGGAGUAUUUUCUAGAUCGCCACCGGCCAACGUUUGAGGCCAUUUUGAACUUUUAUCAGUCGGGGGGUAGGCUAAAAAGGCCGAUGGAGGUGCCGCAGGAUAUUUUCAUGGACGAAAUGACAUUUUACGAGCUGGGGGACGAGAUUGUUUUAGAUUAUAAAAAGAAAGAAGGCUUCAUGCCUGAACCUGAUGUAGUGCUACCUCGGCAUCGAAUUCUCAGAGAAAUUUGGUUAUUAAUGGAAUUUCCUAGCAGCUCUAUGUAUGCACGUGUUCUCGGCCUUUUCUCCAUUAUUGUGAUUCUCGUUUCGAUCGUAACGUUUUGCUUGGAGACUUUACCCGAGUUUAAGGAUAACUCAUGCAUUAAUGUGACUGUAGUAGAUAAGGAUGGGAAUACGCAGACCUACGCCUAUAAACCGAAUUACCGAGACCCAUUUUUCAUCAUUGAAUCGUGCUGUGUUAUAUGGUUCACGUUCGAGCUCAUCAUACGCCUCAUUUCUUGCCCGAAUAAGAAGAAAUUCUGCCUCAAUAUCAUCAAUAUAUUUGAUCUCUUGGCAAUACUGCCCUACUUCGUUAUCGUUGCCGUGGUUUCCUGGCUACAAAGUUGUUCCUAUGACAGCAAAAGCGCAUCUUUGGCUUAUCUCAGAAUCCUGAGACUUCUCCGAGUGACUAGGAUUUUCAAACUCUCUAAACAUUCCCGUGGCUUACAAGUUCUGGGCCUUACUCUGAAAGCCAGCAUGAAGGAACUCGGCAUGUUCGCCAUAUUUCUGGGAAUAUCGGUAGUACUUUUCGCUUCAGUGAUGUUUUUCGUGGAAACGGAAUCCAAGGACACGAAAUUCUACAGUAUUCCCGAGGGGUUCUGGUGGGCUAUUGUCACCAUGACAACGGUGGGGUACGGGGACCUGGUCCCCAGUGGGGUGUGGGGGAAACUCGUGGGGACACUGUGUGUGAUAGCGGGUGUACUCACUAUAGCUCUUCCUGUGCCUAUCGUUGUGAAUAAUUUCAACAAUUUUUACCGGCACUCGCCGGGUCGGGGAGGAGGCGGAGACGGCGGCCUGGGAUAA